UUUCUUUUCUCAAGGGGUUUUCAAUUUCUUCUUCGUUCGCCUUUGCUUGCCUGCGUUCCCUAAUUUUAUUCAGAAAAGCAUUUUUAACUGAGCUUUUAACACUCUUUGAUACGAAAGGGAUAACGAAUCUUCACGCCAGCGCAAAACCUCACCGAAAGUCGCAGUUGGAAAGAGCGCACAAGAAUAACUAAGAGAAGAAACAGAGACCCCACUUUAACGGCGAGCAGCCGGAUCCCGAUCAAGCCUCUGCCAACUCCAAUCAGGAUCCUUAUUAGCCAUGGCGCGAAGCGGAAUUCUGAGUUUGAUUUGCUGCGAAUCGGAAUUGCUGCCUUGAUCUCGACGGCCGGCGGAUUUCGGGGAGACGAAUUUUGGAUGGUGUGGGUCGCCGCCGGGGAAUUUUGAACUCAGAGGUUUACUUCCGGUGAGUAACGGUCGCCGGGAGAAGGAAGAAGGAAGAAGGAAGAAGAAGAAGAACUCGGGGAGAUUUACUGCAGUGUAAUCGAAAGAAAAUGGCGACUCCAGUUGAGCCGCCAAACGGGGUGAGGAUUCAAGGCAAGCAUCACUACUCAAUGUGGCAGACCUUGUUCGAGAUCGACACCAAAUACGUGCCGAUAAAGCCGAUCGGCCGAGGGGCUUAUGGUAUAGUCUGCUCUUCAGUCAACAGGGAGACUAACGAGAAAGUAGCGAUCAAGAAGAUACACAAUGUGUUUGACAAUCGCAUCGAUGCUCUGAGGACUCUCCGCGAGCUGAAGCUCCUUCGCCAUCUUCGACACGAGAAUGUGAUUGCUUUGAAGGACGUGAUGAUGCCGAUACAUAAGAGGAGUUUCAAGGAUGUGUAUCUGGUUUAUGAAUUGAUGGACACCGAUCUCCAUCAGAUCAUCAAGUCGUCUCAGUCGCUUAGUAAUGAUCACUGCCAGUACUUCCUCUUCCAGUUGCUACGAGGCCUGAAGUAUCUUCACUCAGCAAACAUCCUCCACCGUGAUCUGAAACCCGGGAACCUUCUCAUCAACGCAAACUGUGACCUCAAAAUCUGUGAUUUCGGCCUGGCGAGAACCAGCACAGGCAAGGGCCAGUUCAUGACUGAGUACGUGGUCACACGGUGGUACCGAGCACCCGAACUCCUCCUCUGCUGCGACAACUAUGGGACCUCGAUCGACGUCUGGUCAGUAGGCUGCAUAUUCGCUGAGCUACUCGGUCGUAAGCCUCUCUUCCCGGGGACGGAAUGCCUAAACCAGCUCAAGCUCAUCAUCAACAUAUUAGGUAGCCAGAGGGAAGAAGAUCUCGAGUUCAUCGACAACAUCAAGGCGAAGAAGUUCAUCAAGUCGAUUCCGUAUUCACCAGGGACGUCAUUCAACCACCUCUACCCCAAUGCUCAUCCCCUGGCCAUUGAUCUGCUGAGGAAGAUGCUGAUCUUCGACCCUUCGAAGAGGAUAACCGUGACCGAAGCACUGCAGCACCCUUACUUGUCCCCACUCUAUGAUCCUAACAAUAACCCUCCGGCCCAGGUGCCUAUCGAUCUUGACAUCGAUGAGGAUUUGGGGGAGGAGAUGAUACGCGAGACGAUGUUGCAGGAGAUGCUGCAUUACCAUCCUGAGUUCGCCGUAGGGGCAGCCAGCGGUGGAUUCUGCUUCUGAGUCAUUCUACCUUGGCUUAGGUAGUGGUUCCUUGUUUCUAUUUACGAUCUUAUAUCUAUUUUUGCUUUGAAUAAUCUGCUGAGAAAAGAAGAAGAAGAACUAGUAAAUUAUUGUAGUAUGGCAUUUGAAUGCCAGCUUAUGGCUAGAAAGACUAUGCCAACCUUGCUGCUGUUGCUGUUUGUUGAUGUUGUUGUACAUAAGAAGUCUCAGUUGUACUUUUGUACUUUGAUCUAGUGAAAAGACAUAUGCUGUUUUCUGUGGUUA